UAUGGAUCUCUUGGCUUAAUGACCUCAGUGCUGAUGUGUCCUGAUGGAAAGACAAUCGAGGCGGAAGCCGCGCACGGUACUGUCACGCGACAUUACCGAGAACAUCAAAAAGGCAAUCCGACAUCAACAAACCCCGUGGCGUCAAUUUUUGCCUGGUCAAGGGGACUGGAUCAUCGUGGCAAACUCGAUAGCAACGAUGCUCUUCGCAAGUAA